CCCCUCGAAAUCAUCAGGGGGGAAAAAAGUAAAUAAAAAGACGAGAGGGCAAACGACCCCGAACACUCCUCACGUUGGCGGCUGCAGCUUCUCUUCCCCCCUCUUAAACCCUUACCCCAAACCCUAACCUAAAACCCUAACCCUAACCGUAAUUCUCCAUUCCCCUACACCGAUCGAAGGAGAUAGAAGGAGGAGAGCGCGAGAGGAACAAUGGAGGUCGCUCCAAAGUGCCAAGAGUUCCCAUCCCUCUCCGUCUCCGAUCUCUCGUCCUCUCCUUCGAUCCCCUCGCCUUCAACUCUCGCCGGAGUCUUCGAUUUCGACGAAUCCGGUGCUCCGCAGCUGAGGUUUCGCGGAUCGGGCGGCCAGGGUUCUUCCGUUCGCAUUGGACUCAAGACAUCGCAGGUUUUUAAACUGAGUUCCCUGGAAUCGCUGUGCGUGAGCAAGGGGCCUGAGGGCAAUGAAUCAAAGGAGAAAUCCUUUUCGAGAGCUGUUAAGAUUGGGUUUGAAACCGAGGAGGAGAGUAUAGCGUUCCAUUCAGCAUUUAAUCAUUGGAGGGAAAGAAUGGGUGAAGAUACGGGAAGACCUCUGGAAAAUGGAUCAGUUCUUGCUCCAAAAUGCAAGUUUGAUGACAAAAUAGAGGCCUCUUCUGCAAAAAUGUACUUCCAUUACUAUGGACAAUUACUACAUCAGCAGAAUAUGUUACAGGAUUAUGUGAGGACAGGAAGCUAUUAUGCUGCAGUCAUUGAGAAUCGUGUAGAUUUUAAUGGUCGUGUUGUAGUUGAUGUGGGUGCUGGUAGUGGUAUUCUUUCCUUAUUUGCUGCCCAGGCUGGUGCCAAGCAUGUUUAUGCUGUUGAAGCAUCAGAUAUGGCAGAAUAUGCACGCCGGCUGAUUGCCGGAAAUCCGUCUCUUGGACAGAGGAUCACGGUUAUCAAAGGUAAAGUUGAGGAAGCUGAAUUACCUGAGAAAGCAGAUAUUCUGAUUUCUGAGCCAAUGGGUACUCUUUUGGUUAAUGAGAGGAUGCUGGAGUCCUACGUGAUCGCAAGAGAUCGGUUUCUUGCCCCUAAUGGGAAAAUGUUCCCAACACUUGGAAGGAUACAUAUGGCUCCCUUUAGCGAUGAAUAUCUUUAUGUUGAAAUUGCAAAUAAGGCACUCUUUUGGCAGCAACAAAACUAUUAUGGUGUUGAUCUUACUCCAUUACAUGGAUCUGCUUUCCAGGGUUACUUUUCUCAGCCUGUGGUUGAUGCAUUUGAUCCAAGGUUGUUGGUCUCUCCAGCGACAUUUCACACACUAGACUUUACUUGUAUAAAGGAAGAAGAGCUAUAUGAGAUUGACAUUCCACUGAAUUUUAUAGCCUCUGUUGGCACUAGGGUGCAUGGGCUGGCUUGCUGGUUUGAUGUUUUAUUUGAUGGGAGCUCUGUUCAAAGAUGGCUUACAACUGCUCCUGGUUCUCCCACAACCCAUUGGUAUCAACUUCGUUGUGUCCUUUCUCAGCCAUUAUAUGUCAUGGCAGGACAAGAGAUCACGGGAAAUCUCCGCCUAGUGGCUCACAGUUCCCAAAGUUACACAAUCUAUUUAACCAUGUCAGCUAAAAUGUGGGGUCCGGGUGCGGAACAAGGAGGAAUACUACAGACAUCUACGGGUAAACUUGACCUUAAAGAACCAUACUAUAGGCUCUCCCAACCACAACCUUAUGCAUGGGCUCAAGAUCAGCAGCAACAGCAGCAGGCCCCUAUGCCCUCACAGGGAUUCUCCCCUCAAGCUCUGGAAGAAGGCGACGCCACCAUAUUGUUACAAAUGCCCGAGAGCCCAGAUAACUUACUAAACCGAUAAUCAUCAAUCUCGUAUCUGUAAAUUAGCCGUGUACUUCUGUCGAUCCCUAAACUUACUCUACUCUGUGAACUCAUACCUGCCUUCAAGCGCCUAAUUAAAGAAACGCCAUAAAUGCAUUUGGCUGCUGAGAGAAGUUCCUAAUGGAUGUGUAAUAUUUAAGUCGAUGGAAUACCAGUACCAGUGUUCCCAAAUAUUCUAGGUUAAUUUAUUGUGCUGAGUUCUUUGAUGACAAAUGAUGGUAUUAUGAUAAAAGGGUGCAGUUUUAGGAGACUGUCCUCAUUGUUCUUAAAUAUUGAUAGGACUUGUAGUUUAUUUAUGUUAUUGGCAUCACCAUUUUAUGUA